GGAGAGGCGGGGUUUGUUAUCGAAUGCGGGUGGGAUGAGGAGAGAGGAAGAGCUGAGAAGUGAAGAGAAUGACGCUGCUGAGCUACACAUUGCUGCCGCUUGUCUCAGAUGCUCGCAGUGAUCAUGGCGGACAGCGCGAGUGAGAGUGACACUGAUGGAGCGGGGAGCAGCUCGGCUACUCCCCAGUGCUCCACUUCUUCCUCUUCCAGCAAACAGCAGGGGUUCGUGAUUUCCCCGUUCCGUCUGGAGGAGCUGACAAAUCGCCUGGCGUCCCUGCAGCAGGAGAACAAAGUGCUGAAGAUCGAGCUGGAGACGUUCAAACUGAAGUGUAAAGCACUGCAGGAGGAGAACAGAGACCUGCGCAAAGCCAGCGUCACGAUUCAAGCCCGAGCAGAACAAGAAGAGGAGUUCAUCAGCAACACGCUGUUCAAGAAGAUCCAGGCUUUGCAGAAGGAGAAAGAAACUCUUGCUGUCAAUUAUGAGAAGGAAGAAGAAUUCCUCACCAAUGAACUCUCUCGCAAACUUAUGCAACUUCAACAUGAGAAAGCUGAGCUUGAGCAGCACUUGGAACAAGAGCAAGAGUUCCAGGUCAACAAACUGAUGAAGAAGAUCAAGAAGUUGGAGAAUGACACCAUCUCCAAACAGCUCACCUUGGAGCAGCUCAGACGAGAGAAGAUUGACUUGGAGAACACACUGGAGCAGGAGCAGGAGGCGCUGGUCAACCGACUGUGGAAGCGGAUGGACAAACUGGAAGCUGAGAAAAGGAUUCUCCAGGAGAAGCUGGACCAGCCGGUCUCCGCUCCUCCAUCCCCCAGGGACAUCUCCAUGGAGAUCGACUCUCCGGAGAACAUGAUGAGACACAUCCGUUACCUGAAGAGCGAGGUGGAGAAGCUGAAGAAGAACCUGCGCACUGCUGAACUGCAGCACACAGAGAAUCGAGCUCAGUACAUCGAGGAGGAGCGGCUCAUGCGGGAGGAGAACAUUCGGCUCCAGAGGAAGCUGCAGCGGGAGGUGGAGCGGCGCGAGGCUUUGUGCAGGCAGCUUUCUGAAAGCGAGUCCAGCCUGGAGAUGGAUGACGAGAGGUACUUUAAUGAACUGUCGGCCCAAGGCCUUCGUCCUCGCACUGUGUCCAGCCCGAUCCCUUACACACCCUCCCCAAGCUCUAGCAGACCCAUAUCACCAGGGCUGUCAUAUGCCAGUCACACGGUGGGCUUUACCCCUCCAGCCACACUGACCCGUGCAGGCAUGUCUUACUACAACACGCCAGGCUUACACGUGCACGUGGGAGCCUCACAUGGCAUUGCGAGGCCAUCCCCAAGAAGAAGUAACAGUCCAGACAAGUUCAAGCGCCCGACGCCACCUCCUUCCCCGAAUACGCAAGCUGGAGCUCAGCCUGGACCCCCUCCUCCUCCUCCUCCUCCGCCCCCUGCAGCACCAGCGCAGCAGCAGCAGCAGCCCGCACAGCCGUAAUGCAUGAGUUCAGAGUGGACUCGGACCAGAGCUACUGUAUUCCCGCCAAGCCAAAGGCUUAUCUAUCCUAUGUACAUGGAAUCAGCAUCUUCCUCUUGCACUGAGAAUCAAAUAGGCUUCACUGUUAAUCUGUGUUGUUUUUUUGGUUUUUUUUCGUUAUUUUUGGUUUCGACGGCAGUUCAGUGGUCUUGUGGAAUUGAUUGCAACACUAAACCUGCUUGUAUUUUUUGUUUUUUUUUUCCUUUUUCAUUUCUUCCACUAGAAGUCCUCCUCUGAAAGAAAUGCAGAAAUGCGUAUAGCAGAGAGCGUUAGAGAGUGAAGGUAAUCGAUUUCUUGUUCAGCCUCAGCUUUUGGAUUGAUGGAGAUUUUAGCACGCCUGUAACGCAAAAAUUACCGCAAGAGAACUCUCAUCCGCUUUGCUUGCAGAAAAGGGAGAUGGAAAAAUAUGCGAUAAAUUAAAUGGCUAGCAAGUUAUGCCAUUUUUACAUAUAAACGAGUCUUCUAAACAGUAGCACACUAGGCACGUGCAGCCGCUCAGGUGCUGCCGAGAGUUGCUUUUAUAGGCACCAGAUGGGUUGUGGGAAAGUGCAGCUAAUGGCUUUUAAGGGAAGCGGAAGAGCAACCAUGCACACAUGGUCAAAUGACCAAUUAGCCAGAAGCGCAGAUUCUGCGGAGCCUGUUCAGUUCGUGCUUAAUAGCAAAAUAUGCUCACGUGGCAGUAAGCGUUUGUCCGAUUUUGAUAGACUGAUUAGAGCAUGCAUGAAAUGCAGCCUGGCCUUGCUAGGGAGAUGAUUGGCUUUCUAUACACAUGGUUCAUUUAUAUAUCUAUAUAUAGAGAUGUAUAGAUAUAAAAACUUGUUGUUUUUUUUUGGCUAAAAGCGUGAAAGCAUUCUUAACGGCGCAAAGGGAGAAAGAAUGCUUUACUUAUAUGCUGCUGGUGGUGUAUUGCAGUUUGACUCUGCCUAACUGUCAACAUGUACUGAUACACCAGUUUAUUCUUUCUUAAUGUGUUGAAAUGCCUUGGAUUAGGCAGAAGGACAGAGGUGUGUACGUUGUUCUCGUACCCAGUUCACCUCCACCCACAUCCUACCCUUAACAGUGUCUGUAAAUGGUACCACUGUGACUCCGCCCUGCCCCUUUCACACCCCCGUAACGUGUUCUCAAAUAUAGAUGUGUGAAUUGUUCUUUGAAGAGGAAAAAAAAGAAGGGGUGGGGGGGGAGAGAAUUGUGCUGUAUAGACCCUCAAGGUACAAGUCUGUCACAGAGAGAAAGUGUAAAUAGACAUAUGCCCUUUUUGCAAUAUAUGCUGGGACAGAGAAUUUCAACCUUUUUUUUUUUUUUUUUUUUUUUUUUGGUGAAGCAUUCGAAAUGUCUCCCUGUGAUUAGUAUGCAUCUGUGAUCUCGUCUUCGACCUUCUCGUCUAUGGGUGACGCUGGUUCGUAUUCAUUUAUACAGCCUGUUCCACGUUACCAAAUAGCAUUCAGUUAGUGCAGCUAAAAAAAUGUAAUUAAAAAAAAACAAAACAAGGCAGAACAAGAAAACAUAAAGCACUUACUGUCUAUUGUGAAGAACGCUAAUUUAUUGACAACAGAUCAAAAUGAAAAUCAGCUCGGUGAUAGAAUUACCGGUACUGAGCAGCUCUGUCGUGGUUAAGGCACAGAUGUGUAGUGAGAACACUGUUUGUGGCAUCAGGCCUCUGCAGUGUAACGACACCACCUGCUCCACCACUGCUGCUUUGGAGGAACUGCCUCAAUACAAAACCUGUUUGAAGUUCGUAGGUGUAUCUGUCUCUCAUCGCCCCCCCCCCCCCCCCCCUUAUAAAAAAAAUCCCUUAAGAGGCCCUGGAAACAUACAGGGCCCCCCAUUUGUUUCCCUUUUUAUCAUUUCAAUGUAAAUAUUCGUUUCAUUGUGUAAAGGAAAGACUUGUUUUACCAUGGUUGCAAGUACAUUUCAAGUUUGUGUUUUCAAGAUUGUUUGCCCUUGUCAUUUUCUUUUUAAGACUGUUGACAAAUGAAUGUAACGUUUGCUCAUGUUUUACUGCUAUCUUCAAUGGAUGGAACACCUUUGAGCCUUAACUCACUGUGGUAUUGCUAAAUGUAAGCAUUAUCUAGCUUUUCCCCACAUCAGAUAAUUAAAGCCUUAAGAAUGUGGUUUCA